CUCCGUUGCGUAAACCCCCGACGUAAACAAAACGUGAGAGAAAUUUCCAGUGAAUUACAGUUUUAAAACAUUCUUUAAAUAUUCUUGAAGUAAAGGAGACUAUUAGAAAAGAGAUAAGGACAAAGAAAGAAGAGGGAAUAUAGAUCCAGGGGAUAUAGACCUGUACAAUAGUCUAAAACCCGAUAAAAGAAGAGAGAAGAAAGAAGAAGAAGAUAUUUCCGGCGAUUUUUUUCUUCCUUUCUCUCUCUCUCUCUCUCUCGCUCUCUCCAAUUUUUUUUUUUUUUUUUUUUUUGUUAAUUUAGGUCGUUUUUCGUUUGUGUUUUGUGAUAUAUUGCGGUUUUUUUUUGAGAGAGAGAGAGAUGCUGCGUCAGGCGAUGAGUUCAGCGGCGAGAGUGGCUUCUCAGAGACAGAGGUUGGGAAUCCAGUUACUUCAGCCAAGAUGUUACCAGUCAACUAGCAUUGAUGAGGACAAGACAACAGCUACUAUUUUAAACCAGGAGACAGAUUCUGGGCUCAUGGUAGAUGCAUACAGCCAGGACGGAUUCAGACUAAAUAAUGGGAUGAAAGUGUUAGGCCCCAUUGCUAUAUUCCCUAAAUCCAUUCUUAGUUGGAAGGUGAAAUCUGCAGAGGAUAUCAAUGAAGAUUCACUGUCUCUCUUUCACAUGUUGGUACCUAAAAUUGAUCUUUUAGUGAUUGGUGUAGGAGACAAAGGGAAUAAAGUUGAUCCUCGUGUCGUGCACUACAUGAAGAAUAAAGGCAUUACAUUAGAAAUAUUACCCACUGAAACUGCCUGCACAACGUUUAACUUCCUGAAUCAAGAGAGGCGAUAUGUAGCUGGUGCUUUCCUCCCUCCAAUUGCUCUACGUAUAACUGACGAGGACAUGGUACAGUCGCAGAGGAGGAGAAAUAAGCUGUUUUUGUCACAAGAAGAAGAUUCUGUAUUUUAGUUAAUGCUAGUUCAGUGAUAUGUUAAAAUAUGGUGUGUGGAGAGUUGAAAAUACUUUUUUUUUUUUUUUAUCCAUGCAGAGGGCUUAUUAAAGCACUCUCAUCUUACUACUGUUGUAUCUGCAGUGAGAUUUUUACUGGCAUAGGUCUUGAAAUUUGUAGAUAAUGACAUGAAAAAUUUAUUUAUGAAAAUUUGAUGUAUGUAUAUCUGUAACUAAUGUAAAUAAAUGUAGCCUUUCUUUA